GGGACCCCACUUUGGUCAAUUCAGUACGCGGCGCCCCAUGAUUCCCACCUAAUCAGUCACUGUAACCACUGUAAUCCCAUAGUGGAAAUUCCAGUUGUACCCUCAGCAUUGUCGUUCCUCCUCGUCCUCGUUAACCUCACUUCUUUGUCGUCAUUCCCGUUUCCUUCUUUAAACCCAUUCCCUUUCAACGUCACCUUGGAUCACUGAUUCACUCUAUUCUCAACGAGUUCACACCGAGUCCACUCACCCAACCAUGAGCCGAUUCAGGCGAUAUGAGCUCAUCCAACAACCCUUCUGCUACUCCCCCUUCACCGAAACCCUAGCUUUCCCUUCAUUCUUCGAAGAUUCGCUUUCCCUCGACCUUGAUCUUCUCCUCCUUCCGAGCCCCUUUGACGCCGUCGCCGAUCUGGUGCGCACGCCCUCGGUUUCGUUCCGGCGACUUCAACGGGUGGAGAGGCAGCAGCUCGGGACCGAUUUGUGCUUGCAGAGCCUCUGCGACCGAGUCGCGGAGUUGGAAUCGCGGUUCGAUCGGCUUCUUGGCGGGAAGAGCGGCGGCGAUCGGAAGUACACAUGGACGGCGGAGAUCAAGGGAGCGGAGAAGAAUGGGUUUGAUAGGAAGUACAAGUGGGUUGCGGAGAUCGAUGAGGAAGAGAAUAAGAAGAAGUUGAAGAGUAGAGCCAAGAACAUCAAAUGGACGGCUGAGAUCAAGGGAAAGGGCGAGGAUAGUGGGAACAGUAGGAAGUACACGUUUCAGGUGGAAAGUGGAGAUGCUAAGAAGAAGGAAAAGGUGAAAGAGAAUGAGAAGGAAAAGGAGAAGGAGAAAGUUAAGGAGAAGAAGAGAGGAAGUGGGUUGCGCAUUGUGGAGAUUGAAGAACACAGUGAUCAUAGAGAUGUGGUUUUGAGACAGGCGUUUGCAAAGAGGUUUGGAGCUGUUCAAAAUGAUAGAGGCAAAAAGAAGGAAUUAUCUCCUCAAGAUGCUGCAUUGUUGAUCCAGAUCAGCUUUAGAGCUUUCGUGAUCCGUAGGUCAAAGGCUCUUCGUGCCCUUAGAGCACUGGCUGUUGCAAAAUCUAAGUUAAAGGAAAUCAGAGCUCAGUUCAAUAAUUUUGCCUACCGACGUCAUGUAUCUCGUGAUGCAGAGGAACGUCAGCGGUUUUCUGAGAAAAUCAUUGUCUUGCUCCUCACCGUUGAUGCCAUUGAGGGAGCUGAUCUGAUGGUAAGAUCUGCCAAGAGGUCGAUGGUGGAUGAGUUGGAAGCAAUGCUUGAUGUAAUAGAUCCCCAGCCUGCUCUCCCUGGAAGAUCAUCGUCACUUUCUUUCAAAAGAAGGACUUUUGAUAUGCCUGAUGGUGUCAUCAGGAAGGAAAUUGAAGAAGGUGUUGCACAGGUUGUGCAAAUGCUCGAUGAAGCAGAGAAUAGCAGCAGCACCUUUGAAUGAAAGCAUGUCUGCAGGAUCAAGAAAGUAAUAAUGUUUAUCUGUUUAUUUCGUGAUUUCCCUCUGCUGUUGUAGAUUGUUGCUAGACGUAUUUUAGUCUUUUCAUCCAAUGGCUUUUGUCUUGCUGUACUUUGGCACUUUCUGAAUGAAAAGAUUGGCUUGUCUAGUCGUGUUCUAGUUUUGUUAUUUAAAUAUGAUUUAGGAACCUUGUUCAAUUGUAUUUGUCCUUUUAUCUUUAGUGCAAUGCAUCUCUUUUCUCUUUUGUUCAGGUGAUCUUACCU